CCGAGAAAUCCAAGAUGGCGGCCACAGAGACGGAAGACGUUCCAGCCAUCCCCAAGUUUUUAAUGGACUGUUCAGCGAAGGAUGUCGCCUUGCCAACCAACUCUCAUGCAAAGUGGCUUUGGCAUAACUGGCGCACAGCACCAUAACUUCGAUCACCGGGCAAGGAGACAGGUCCCAAAUCCACACCAGAAGGUGGAAACCAGCAUGCAUGAGCAUUGCCAAAGUAUAUAUACUGUACAAAUGAUUUGGAACCAAUGAGUUAACAGCCAUAUGACUAAUUAAGAACUGGCUUCAAGCAACAGAUUUGAACAAAGAUAUGUACCAGCAUCUUGCCUAUUACGUACCAAAGAUUUACUGUCGAGGCUCUAACCCGAAUCCACUUCAUGAAGAAAUGUUGGCGCAGCAUCUUCUGUUGGGGCCAAUGGAAUGGUACCUGUGUGGAGAGGAUCCAGCUGUGGGAAUAAGAAAACUUGAAAAGGCAAAUAAAUCUUCUCAGCUGUGUGGGCGUGUUUUCAAAAUUGGAGAGCCAACCUAUUCAUGCAGAGAUUGUGCAGUAGAUCCAACCUGCGUGCUAUGCAUGGAAUGCUUCUUAGCAAGUAUGCACAGAGCACAUCGGUACAGGAUGACUACUUCAGGUGGAGGGGGUUUCUGUGACUGUGGAGACACUGAAGCUUGGAAACAAGGCCCGUAUUGUCUGAAACAUAAACCUACUGUCUUAGGCGCUAUGGAGGAGGAUCCAUUGGUACAUUUAUCGGAAGACAUGAUUGGACGUGCCUACGAGAUUUUUGCAAUUGCAUUCAAAUAUGCUGUAGAUAUGUUAACGUGGGUGGAAGAAGAUAGACUACCUGCUGGUUUAGAGCCUUUGGAAAAAGAAGAUACCUACUAUUGUAUGUUAUUUAAUGAUGAAGUCCAUACUUAUGAGCAAGUGAUCUACACCCUGCAGAAGGCUGUGAACUGCACACAGAAGGAAGCUGUCAGCUUUGCGACCACUGUGGAUAGAGAUGGUCGUAGAUCAGUUCGCUAUGGUGAUUUCCAGUUUUGUGAGCAAGCAAAAACAGUUAUCGUGAGGAAUACAAGUCGACAGACAAAGCCACUGAAGGUGCAAGUAAUGCAUUCAUCUGUUGUUGCACAUCAGAACUUUGCCAUAAAAGUAUUAAUUUGGCUGAGUCAGGUGAUUGGUUACUCAGGUGGAUUAAGGCGAAUAUUGUGUGAAGUAGGAUUGCAACAAAGAUCAGAUGAAGAUAGUUCGUCCCUCGUUGACAGAUUGAUGCUCUGUGACUCCAAACUUUGGAAAGGAGCCAGGAAUAUCUACCAUCAAUUGUUUAUGAGCAGCCUUCUUAUGGAUCUGAAAAGCAAAAAGCUAUUUGCUGUUCGAUUUGCAAAAAAUUAUCCGCAGUUGCAGAGAGAUUUUAUGGAGGACGAUCACGAGCGGAUAGUAUCAGUGACCGCUCUAUCUGUCCAGCUCUUCACUGUUCCAACUUUGGCUCGCAUGCUGAUAACUGAUGAAAACCUUAUGACGACCAUAAUACAAACAUUCAUGGAGCUUCUAAUGAGACAGCGGGAUUCUCAUGGCAGGUUUCAGUUUGAAAGGUAUACAGCUGUUCAAACCUUGAAAUUCAGGAGGGUGCAAAGUUUCAUUGGUGAUCUGAAAUAUGUGUUGGUUAGCAAACCCACAGAGUGGACAGAUAAACUAAGGGAAAAAUUUCUGGAAGGUUUUGGGGUUUUCUUGGAGUUGUUAAAGCGCAUGCAGGGAAUGGAUCCAGUAACAAGACAAGUCGGUCAACACAUAGAAAUGGAACCAGAGUGGGAGGCAGCAUUUUCGUUACAGAUGAAGCUCACGCAUAUAAUUUCUAUGAUCCAAGAAUGGUGUGCCUCUGAUGAAAGGGUUCUAAUUGAAGCCUACAGGAAGUGUUUGAUUGUUUUAUUACAAUGUCAUAAUGGACCAUGUGAUGGUGAACAACCUAUCACCUUGAGUAUGUGCGGACAUACAUUGGAAAGUGUACAGUAUCGUGUUUCCCAGCAUCAAGUCAGCAUCCAUUUGCCAGUUUCACGUUUGUUUUCAGGCCUGCAUGUGCUUUUAAGCAAAACUGAAGUGGCUUACAAGUUUCCAGAGCUAUUGCCUCUUAGUGAACUUAGCCCACCAUUGUUAAUAGAGCAUCCACUUCACUGCAUGGUCCUGUGUGCGCAAGUACAUGCCGGAAUGUGGCGGAGAAAUGGUUUCUCCCUAGUUAAUCAGGUCUAUUAUUAUCACAAUGUGAAAUGCAGAGUGGAAAUGUAUGAUAAAGACCUAAUAAUGCUCCAGGCUGGUGCAUCUAUGAUGGAUCCAAACCACUUUCUAAUGAUUAUGCUUUGUCGAUUUGAGUUAUACCAUAUAUUUAACAGUCCUGACUAUGGCAAAAGAUUUAAUUCUGAACACACCAACAAGGAUGCUCUACAACAAAACAAUACUUUGAUAGAAGAAAUGCUUCACUUGAUCAUGAUGGUGGUUGGAGAGAGAUAUACUGCUGGAGUGGGUCAGGUGUCUGCUGAGGAUGAGCUGAAACGUGAAAUUAUUCAUCAGCUAUGUAUAAGGCCAAUGGCACACAGUGAACUAGUUAAAGCGUUGCCUGAAGAUGAGAAUAAAGAGACUGGAAUGGAAAAGGUUAUUGAAUCUGUAGCCUCAUUCAAGAAGCCAGGAUUAACAGGAAGAGGGCUUUAUGAGCUAAAACCUGAAUGCGCCAAGGAAUUUAAUGUUUUCUUCUACCAUUAUUCUAGGGCCGACCAAUCCAAGGCUGAAGAAGCCCAAAGAAAGUUGAGGAAGCAAAAUGGAGAAGACAUGGCUCUUCCACCUCCUGUCCUUCCGCAUUUUUGUCCCCUGUUUGCCAGUCUGGUAAACAUCCUUCAGUCAGAUGUUUUUGUGUAUAUCUUGAGAACAGUGCUACAAUGGAUUGUGGAACCAAAUGGACAUGCUUGGACUGAAAGUAUGUUGCAAAGGGUUUUGCACUUGAUUGGAAUGGCUUUAAAUGAAGAGAAACAACAAAUGGAAAGUGCAAGUGCAGACAGUGAUGUGACCUUUAACUUCACCUCAAAAUUUUCAUGUCCUGGGGAGGCUCCUGAAAACACACCUAGCAUUUUGGCAAUGCUAGAAAACUUGCAGAAUUCUCCUCAUUUGGAGGUUUAUAAGGACAUGAUCAAAUGGAUACUUAAGCUGUUUGGAAUUGUUAAAAAGAUGAGAGAACGAAGCAAUUCGGCCCCUAUUGUAGAAACAGAAGGGCAUGGCAUAGAAGAGUGUUCACGAGAUAAAGAUAAAGCAGAUAGGAAGCGGAAAGCUGAAAUUGCCCGGCUGCGAAGAGAGAAGAUAUUGGCCCAGAUGUCAGAAAUGCAGAGACAUUUUAUAGAUGAAAAUAGAGAGUUAUUUCAACAGACUUUAGAAGAACUAGAAGCUUCAUCUUCGACAGUCACUGACAACAGCCCAAUAGUUCCUGAUGCAGCAUUGAUUGCUUUAGGUCCCAGACAAACCAGAGUUUUUGAAGAGAAGCAAGUUGUUACGUGCAUUUUGUGCCAAGAGGAGCAGGAGAUUAGAAUGAACAACAAAGCAAUGGUUUUGGCCUCCUUUGUUCAGAGGUCAACAGUUUUGUCCAAGAACAGAACAAGGACCUUCCAGGAUCCCGAAAACCAUGACCCAUUGUUCAUGCCGCCUGAUUUGGCCUGUGGCACCCAUAUAGGUAGCUGUGGACACAUCAUGCACGCCCACUGUUGGCAGAGUUACUUUGAUGCAGUUCAAGCCAAGGAGCAGCGGAGACAGCAGCGAUUAAGAGUGCACACAAGCUAUGAUGUGGAGAAUGGAGAAUUUCUUUGUCCACUGUGUGAAUGUUUGAGCAACACUGUUAUUCCGUUACUCCCUUCUCCUAGAAACCCAUUGAUCAGUGACAGUUCAAAAAACAAUGCAGGUGUUCCUGUUUUAUCGAGUUGGCUGAAACGUACUUUGCAACAGGUGAAGGUCCUGAAGAAAAUCCAAGAAAAACACACAGAUAAUCUCUCCAACACCCACCUAGAAGGAAUGGAGGUCUCUGAGGGAUUUCAACCUGAUGUAAAGCCAAAGAAUCCUUUCUCGGAAAGCAUCAAGGGAAUGCUUACAACCUUGGCAACAGCAGCAUACAAAGUGGGUCUCAAGGUUCAUCCCAAUGAACAGGACCCACGAGUGCCUAUGAUGUGUCGGGGCAGCUGUGCAUACACAGUACAAGCAAUAGAGAGUUUCCUAGCAGAUGAAGAAAAGCCCUUGUUUGGUCAUCUACCAUGUAGGCAGGAUGACUGUCUGAAGGCAUUAACUCGAUUUGCCGCAUCACAAUGGACUGUGAGUUCUUUGUCUGUGGUCCAGAAACAAUAUGCUCGACUGUUAUCAGUUCUGAUACCUGUUGAUGAUAAGACUCAGAUUUCUCCAUCCAUUCUUGAUGUAGAUAUGUUCCAUUUAUUGGUGAGCCUCGUGCUUUCUUACCCAGCUCUGCACUGCCAAGAUUUCACAGGAGUUAGCUUAGCUGUUGGUCACCUUCAUCUCUUCCAUUUGGUUACGACAGCACACAUUGUACAGAUUUUACUGACAUCUUCAACAGAGGAAAAUACUAUGGACCAGGAGAAUGCUGAUGGAGAUGAAGAGGCUGCUGCCUUAACGUUGUACGACAAACUCAGGCAAUAUUCAGGAAGUGCCUUGAAUUCAAUGACCUCAGGUUGGCACCUGUGGCAAUAUAUCAAGACUGGUAUAAUACCCUAUCUACGAUGUUCUGCCUUGUUCUUUCAUUAUCUCAAUAAUGUUCCAGCCCCAGUUGAACUGCAAGAGAAUGGACCACACCACUUUGAACUGUUAUGCCGCUAUCUUUCUCUCCCAACAAAUCUAAUGAGUCUUUUCAAAACUGAGAGCGAUACAAUUGAGCCAUUGAUACAAAGAUGGUGUGGUGUUGCUGAAGUGCAGAGCUUUGUGAAAGGAGAGAGAACGGCGAUUAGCUAUCCUAGAGAGCCAAACAAGUUAAUUGAACUUCCUGAUGAUUACAGUUGCCUCAUAAACCGAGCAUCUUGUUUUACAUGUCCAAAAUCAGGUGGGGAUAAAAGUCGGGCACCAACACUCUGCUUGGUCUGUGGGGGAAUGUUGUGUUCUCAGAGCUACUGCUGUCAAACAGAACUGGAAGGAGAAGAUGUUGGGGCCUGUACUGCUCAUACCUACACUUGUGGUUGUGGAGUUGGAAUUUUUUUGCGAGUUCGAGAGAGCCAGAUUUUGUUCCUGGCUGGAAAGACAAAAGGGUGCUUUUAUCCACCGCCUUACCUUGAUGAUUACGGAGAGACAGAUCAGGGACUGAGACGAGGGAAUCCUCUUCAUCUCUGCAAAGAGCGGUACAGGAAGCUGCAGAAACUGUGGCAGCAACAUAGCAUCACUGAGGAGAUUGGCCAUGCACAAGAAGCAAAUCAGACGCUAGUUGGCUUUGACUGGCAGCACUUGUGAUUAAUUUCUAAUAGAACUGUAGGCACUCGGCACAUCCUGAAGCAAAAAAAAGUCCUCUUGCAGGAAGUCAGAGGAUCAGGUUUAAUGAAGUACACCUCAGGCCACCCAUUUUGAAACACUUACUUCAGAAUUACAGUGAUUUUAAAAACGAUUACAUAACUGUUCACCUGUCAUUAUGGAAAUGUGGAUUGCAUGUGAAGUGCGUAUUUUAAAGAGAUGUCAUUCACUUUAUUUGCACUUGAAAUUUCCUCCACAAAGGUGGAACAUUUUGGGAUAAUAAAGCCCACAUCUUCAAAGCCGCUGUUUUUUAAUCAUCAUUAUUUAUCAGGUGUUGGAGUAAUACAAUAUGGACAUCCAAAGUGUGUUUUUGUGCUCUAUAGUUAGUGAUGUCUAAUGAACAAUUUCAGAUCAAAUGUGGACAAGAUUGCUGGCCUUCAGUUGGAAGUUUUUUUUGCUUUCCCUCUCUUUGUCUUGAUUCCGUGGUAGCUUAUUCACUUUACACCGAUUUGUGAAUGUGCUUUCUUAAGGUGUGCAUCUGGUUUCAGUCAACUAAUCAAACUUUGAAUAUUGUGGUCACAAGAAAAGAAGAAUUUUUGUCAGCUAAAAAAGCAGUUUGCCACUGUUCUUCUUGUCUUAAAGAUCUUACUAUUUGUGCGGUAUCAAAAAUAUAUUGUAAAAUGUGUUUAAAGGAUAUAUAAAGCUAUUUUAUAAUGUGCAGUUUACUAUGAAUUUAUUUUUUAAAGAAGUCAUAUGCAAGCAGUGGCUGUAAUCAGGGCAGUUAACUCAGUGAUUUUGUUUUAAAUUGCUAGAAUUAACUCGAGGUUUCUUCAAAUAUACUUUUAGUAGGAAUGAUGGGUAAGCAAAGAGGAAGUGCUCCAAGUUUUAAUUUUCUUGUCUUUGCUUAUCUGGAGCAAUCCUUUAUCAAAUGUUCACUUCAGACUUGCUUGUUAACAUGUACCUUGCAAAACUCAACGAUUCUGUUUCUGUUUGGCUGGAGUUGUUCAUGGAUUGUUUCAAGCACAUAUUAUUCAGGCAAUAUAGUGCUUUGUAGAAGCCAGUAAAGAAGCAUCAGAAACAAAAUGAAGUAAAUAUGAUUAAUUAUAUAUUUUAAGUAAGAUAGUCUGCACAGCAUCAUGGAGCAUUUUGCUCCAUAAUUAUCAAACUUCAUGAAACACUUGUUUUGUUGAGGAUGUGGUAAAACAAGCUAAUCAAUUCUGUUAAUACUUCAAAAACUGCGUUUAGUCUUCAUAAAACGUGGUCAAAUAUGGGUAUGAUUCAGUUCUUGUUUAUGUUGUGAAUGCCAAAGUGUUUGUAAGCAUACUAAUUUCUAUUGAUUUAAAAUUAAUUUUACGUAUGAACAUGAGCAACAUAGUUUGUGACUACCUUUUGCUGUUGAUGUGGUCUUUCUGGUCCUAUUAACAGCUCCAGCAUACAGUUUAAAUGUGCAAACACAUCAUUUGACAUAUUCAGCUAAGUUGUUAACAGUUAAAAAUUGGAGUUGAAAAUGUGAGUAAAACCGGGACAAAGAUGAUCUUCAUGUGUGUUAUACUUUGAAUUUUCUGGGGGAGGUGAGGAAUCUGACAAAUGUCUUUCUAGUCCAGGGUGAAGCAGUAAGGCCAUUAUAUUGGAUUGCUUGUGCUGCAGUAUUUUUUUCUGGCAUUUUUCAUGAAUGUGAAGUGUUUCAUCCUCAGAUGGUCAGUUUAAACAAAGGGGAAAUAAUUAAUCCUGUUUCAUUUCAAAGGCAGCUGCUGAAGGUAUGAUGGAAAUCUUCAGCACAAAACUUAUGGCUAACUAGGAAUUAUCUUCAGUAAUGCUGUUUGUAGCCAUCCAAAUUUAAUUAAGGAAAAAAAUCAGUUCUGGACUUGUAACAUCAAGCAUAAUGUAAUAAUUGGAUUUUCCGUUGUGAAUAAAGUUUGAAGAAAAUAACAAAUUUUAUGGCUUUUUAGCUAACUUUGUUUAUAAAUUUGUCAGAACCUAGAAAAUUUAAUUCUGUGGCAAGUGUUUUUUUUAACUGUUUGGCAUUUGCAUUCAAUGCUGACACCUAAACUUUGUUACUAAAUACUGGGUCUAGUUCUUGACAAUUCUGUUUGUUUUGGAAGAUCAAUAUGUACAAGGAAAGCCAUUCAGUUUAUUCAUCCAGAGUGAUCCUACUGUUUGAAUGUCACAGCGACUGUAAUUUUUUUUAGAUCAAUUUCACACUUUGCAACCCUAACUAAUAAUCCAUUCAGUUAUGUCAGUUAAAUUGCUUUUUAUUACUUACCCUUAAAUCUAACUGUUGUGGUUUAGUUUAAAAUAGUGUCCUGUUGUUAUCCAUUCAAUACCAAUCAUCUUGUAUUCCCUUGCAGUUAACUUAUUUCAAUCCUACAAGGCCCAGUCUUUGCUAAUAACUCAGUCUGCUGAUUCAAGAACCACAUGUUUUUUUUUCUCGCCUUGUCCUCAGGCUUUGUGUCUCAAUGGUUGUAAAGGAAUGCAAGGAUGUCUUUUUUUGUUCAUUUUUUUUUUAAUGACCUCUGUUGCUGAGAAUAAGUGAAUCAACUUUUUUUUCCUCCAGUGAUUUCCAUUUUAACUAACACUGCACUUUCUUGUUUUCCAUUGAUCUUUGAAAGUAGCCAUUUUUAUUUUCCUUAACUUGAUGUGAAUUACUUAUCAAAGUUUUUAUGCAUAUAUUACUAAAUUUUAUGUAUACAAUGCUUGAAAUCCAGCAGUGUAUUCAAAUCUUAAACUAGAGUUUGAGAUACACCAUAUAAAUUUAACACAUCUUUUAUGUUUUUCUAAAUUUUGGUUCAAGCUUUUGCUGGGUCAUAAUGCUGUUUCAUUCUCUAGCACUAUAUCUGUUCUACUAACACUUAAACCUUAUUUUCUUCAACUAAAUACUACUUACAAUGUACUCUCGUGUUGGAAAAGAUUUUGAUGCUUCUUGAAACCCAUUGUUUCUUUGUGACUAUGUUAUUGAGAUCAAUGAAGGUUAAUAUUAUUUCCAUGCAAACAAUAGACCACCACAGAAUCUGUUUAACAGGCCUCAUACCACUGGCAUAUGAAAUAGAUUAACUACAUUUGUGUAAUGGUAAAAAUAGUGGAUAAAAUCUUGUGCAUUACUGCACCUUUGAAAAAUGGAAGAUCAUUUUUAGAGAUUUUCUAUUUUACACAGAGUCAAGACAGGAAGACUUUUUAAUGCUUGAAUAACCAUGAAAAUACACAGGUGCUGCAAUUUGGGUAUAACAUUAGCAUAUGUUUGGUCUUCCAGAUAAUUUCGUUUCCAUUCAACUUAAGUAUAGUUUGUUGUGAAAGUGACCCUGCUAUAAAUAUAGAUGAAAAUCUGACAAAGCUGCAAGAACUCUCUUUAGUUUGAAACUAAUGUAUGAAUUGUUGAAACGGAGAGCACACCCAUUUCUUUUCUUUUCCUUGUCCUAUUAUACUUUAAAUUAACCAUUUUCUCUUCUAUUGUGCAUUCUCCUCUCAUGAAACCAUUUAGCAUGUAUUUACCUUCACUGUAGAAAUGUUUAUAAAAUAGGAAUACUUUCAGUAUUUGAGAGAGUACUUGUAAUAAAUGGGCUGUUAAUAUAUGUUGAAUUAAUGUAUAAUUGGUACUAUGUACUAUAUGUAAAAAACGCUCAAUUCAAAAUAAAUGCUUUUGGUGUUGAAA